AUGAUAACAAUUAAACAAUACGGACUUCUCAUAUUAUACGUGUUCAAAUUAAGCCACAAUACCACAAAAGUUCAACGAAACGUCAAAUGUCAUUUUGACAGUAGCAUUCGUAAUGUCAGUACUAUACAGCGAUGGUCUGAGAAAUACCGCAUCUACCUAUCUAUCUAUCUAUCUAUCUAUCUAUCUAUCUAUCUUGGUCUGUUCAUAAUCUAUCUAUCUUGGUCUGUUCAUAAUCUAUCCAUCUAUCUACCUUGGUCUAUUCAUAAUCUAUCUAUCUAUCUAUCUAUCUAUCUAUCUAUCUAUCUAUCUAUCUAUCUAUCAGUUGUGGCCUGUUUAGGGAGGGUCUACCACAACACUAUCUAUCUAUCUAUCUAUCUAUCUAUCUAUCUAUCUAUCUAUCUAUCUAUCUAUCUAUCUAUCUAUCUAUCUAUCUAUCUAUCUAUCUAUCUAUCUAUCUAUCUUGGUCUGUUCAUAAUCUAUCUAUCUAUCUAUCUAUCUAUCUAUCUAUCUAUCUAUCUAUCUAUCUAUCGUUUAUUUCGUUUGUUUAUAUCUUCAAAAUCAGUUACAUAUCCCUCAAUAUGA